AUGUCCUCUCCAGAUUGGGUUGAGUUUGGCCCCAAAUGCUCAAUCAUUAAACCCAGAUCAUUGCAGGUUGCAAUUCUACUCGAGAGACAGGAAAGAAGACGGAGCAUUAAACCAAAGGAAGAAAUCGAACAAAAUGACACCCUCGGUGAAGACCUUCACCCACUACGCCCCAAUCCUGAAGAGCACCCAGAUGUAAUAGAACCGCGCCGUGCCAGGGACGCCCUCCACCGUGAUCCUCUGGUUUGCAUCGAUGUCGGAACUGAUGAGGCUAUGCGCUCCCCAACCCUGGAUAAUGAAGUGAUUGAUGCAAUAGGCCUGCCUCCUCGACUUCUCAAAGUUAUGCUUGAUAUGUUUCCCUAUAAUAAGGAUGUGGAAGCCAGGUAUCGCGGUGUUGAUGGGACCAAGGUGCCAAAGGACCAGUGGAUGAACCCAGACCCAUCACCGAUACGGAAGCCUCUGGCCCCUGAGGUCAAAGAGAGGGAGAAGAAGUGGUAUGAGGAGCACCGGGAGCUCAUUGACUGGCGUCCAUUCACUUGCUACAUUCACCUCGCUCACUCUCUCGACUCAGAGCAAAGAUCUACAGAGAUCCAGGACAGCAACCGGCUUCUACCAAAGAGGAUACGCCAUAGGUCAGAAUAUGGGAAUCUCUGGAAGCACUAG